CACCUUCAUCCGAGUCAUGGACAUCCCUGAAGAUGUAUUGGAAGAAAUACUUCGUCAUCUUAGCUCAGAUUUCCCCUCACUCAAGGCAUGCUCAUUGUCCCAUUCCUUCUUCCUUCCUUCAACCCGCCGACUCCUUUUUUCCUAUGUGAAACUUCCUCACAACAAGCAAAUCAGCCAUACAGACAUCUGUCUCAAUUUCCGACAAACUCUGGUGGCUUCAAAAUACGUCUUAUCAUCGAUUCGUACCCUUAGCUUAAUUCACUGGGACUCGACAGACGAUAUCGACUACCGCUGUAUAUUUCCCUCCCUAUUAGAGCUCAUUCCCAACCUUCGACGGGUUCACAUAUUUCUAGCAAUGAACAGACCAACUAUAUUUGGGGAUAGCUUCCCUCCGCCACCUCAUUCAAUAUCUAGUGUCCGCCAUCUUAUAUUAGAAGACACAGUCUUCAACUCGUCCUCUCAGAUGCUAUCCCUAUUCGUUACCUUCAGCAACCUUGAGGUCAUCUCUAUGAACAGAAUCAGCAUUGAUAACCCCAGUGGCGUGGAGCGCACGUACGUUUCAUCCCAUCGUUGUGCUCCUUCUACUCUAGAACUUCGUACGGGUGGUGCUCCCGUGGAAUGCCUGCUCUCCCCUCAAUCUACGAUAUCCAUAGGCAAUCUUCGUGUGCUUAGCGUCCAGGCAUUCGAGCGAAAUAUAGACGCCAUCUCUUCCCUUAUCUCCCUCAGCAGCCCAUCCUUGGAGCAUUUAACGUUCCUCCCUUCAGCAUUCUCAGCUCGAUACGACAUAGACCUGAGGGGACAUCUCCGCCUUCGGAGCAUCUGCACCAGCCUGGUGUUUAAUAGCCACUCCAUGGAUCCACCAGAUCGGUCGAAACCUUUCCCCUGGGCUCACCGAUUUUUUAAGACACUUCCGUCGUCGGUGGAAGAUAUUUUUAUCGAAAUCUGUUUUAGACCAUAUGACGCAAUUCUGUUACCUCGAAAACGGAAGGAAUGGCAAGAGCUGGACCAUAUCCUUGCUAACCAUCCAUGGAAUUUUUCAGUACGGUUGGGGAUAUCUGCUGAUUAUACCAUCUAUUUUAGCAAUCUGGAAUAUGACGAUGUCAUUCACGGCAGGUGGCCAACUAACGGUGAUAUGGACGAGUAUUUUCGAAACUAUAUGUUGGUGGAUGGUAUGCCUAAGAUGAAUAAAUUGGGACGUCUGAAUUGCGAGAUCACGACAAGCGAGAUAGACUUUUCUCCUUCCACGACAGAAAUGUGGUGACUGUACAUGUUCUCGUGAUACAAACAA